AUGAAUGAGGAGGCCCAGUUCUGGCUGGCGCAGCGGAUACCGAUCGACAAGCCCUCAUCCGCAGUUCUGGGCCACAACACUCUCCUCGGCGUCGUUGCAGGAAUCUCUUCGCGAGUCCUGGUUGGUCUGCCCAUGGGCAGGGACCAGGACUGGCUCCGAACCGUUGUGGGCUACACGAUAGAUGUCAUGCAAGCAUCGGCAGGCCUGCGGCCGUAUCCAACUCUGCUGCGCCCGCUCGUUGCGCCGUGGCUGGGAUGCAUCAAAAGACUCCAGCGACACUUGGACACGGCCCAUCGCUGCUUCGGCGACGUCUUCGCCCAGAGACUGGCUGAUCCAUCCAGGACAGAGGGAGAGCAGAAUGUGAUCCAGUGGAUGGCUGAGGCUGCCACCGGCGACGACAGAAACCCCGAAGUGCUCGUCAAGAAGCUGUUGUUCAUCACGCUCGCUGCCGUGCAUACGAGCACCAUGGCUGCGACCCAUGCGCUGUUCGACCUCUGCGUCAUGCCAGAGUACAUGCCCCUGUUGCGCAAGGAGCUGGACGAGGUCAUUGCCAAACACGGCUGGACCCUGGCUGCGAUCAAUAACAUGCCGGUGCUUGAUAGCUUUCUCAAGGAGUCCCAGCGCAUCAACCAUCCCGGGCUGCGCAGUUUCAUCUCGAUGGCAACCAGCUCGAUCGCCCGAGACCCGGAGCACUACCCAGAACCGGAGCGCUUCGACGGCCUGCGGUUCUACAACAUGCGUAAGGCGUCCAAUGGCGAUUCCAGCAAGCGUCAUCAGUUCGUGAGUACGGGGCCGGAGAACCUGGCCUUUGGCUUUGGCAAGUUUGCGUGUCCGGGGCGUUUCUUCGCCGCAGCUCAGAUCAAGGUGAUAAUUGCCACCAUCAUCUUGAGGUACGACGUCUCCUUUCCCGAUGGCCAGAAGACACGGCCGCGGAAUACUUUUGUAGGAGAAUCCAUCGGCCCAGACCGCAGGCAAGUAAUUGUGUUUCGGCGUCGAAGCGACGUUUAA